AAUCAAUCUUGCAAUUAUGUAAAGUAAUUCAGAAGAUCAUGUAAGUUAUAUUCUAUGAUCAAUAUUUGUGUAGAUUGAUGAAGAUAAUUGUAUUACUUUGAAAAGAAUAUUGAAAAAGAUGGCUAUCAGAUGUUAACAGAACAAAAUGUUCCAUUUUUUACAUAUCAAAUAAUGUUGAAUAUUUUUCUCAUUUCUUAAUAAAAGAUAGGGAAGGUUAAACUGUUUUGAUAGACAUAGGCAUUUGAUCAGAAUUUAACCUCAUAAUUUUGUAAAUAUACAUUGAUUAUCACAAUGAGUAGCCAGAUAAUGCACAGAAAGG